UGGCCUUUUCUCCAUACAGCUGUCUCUGUAAUCCUGCCAGUCGUUAAGGCACUUCGCUCCUACGUAGUGACCAACGAGGGUUCCAAUGUUACUUUGACGUGUAUUGGUCGGAGGGUGAAAGCGCUCGAUACCAUGGUUACAUGGAAGUUCGAAGGCCAGGAAAUCGAAGAAAGCUCAAACAAGAUAGCCAUUGCCCAAUUCCUCCCAAAGAGACGAGGGAAUUUUUCGUUACAUAUAACUAAUGUCUCGAAGGAAGAUAUCGGUAACUAUUCGUGUGUCGCAUCUACGGCCGACUUUGGAAAGGCGAUCGUCAAAGAAACUUUUAUUCACUUGAAUUUAUUUAAAACUGGUGAGUAAGCCUUAAAACAAUGGCAUUCGUGCCUUCCUCUGAACCUUCAAAGAGAGCCUUGCAAUCGAAUCGCUUAAAACAAAGCCCAGUCAGAACAAAGAGAACAUCAACAUGAGCCAAUUAGAAUUCCUAGUAAAGAGAAAACAUAUGCAUCUUGUAGAAGGGUAUGAAAAAGGGAAUUGAGGCCAAGCUACGUUUACAUUUGGUUUGCAUCUGGCGUUAGGAAAGGGUAGAGGGGAUGACAGACGUGUCAGACCAAAUUUGAUUUAAUCCCUGAUAUGUUCACAUUUAAUAGGAAAAGGUCUUGAUUGCAGUAUUAUUGCGUUUGAAGCCCUGAUAUGCAUUCGCAUAUUUGUGUAUUACGAUGAAAAUUGUUGACAUCUAUAUUUCUAAAUCUCUCAAAAUGCCACUUGACAAUCGCUGUGCGUCAAUUUAUUUCUCGUCAAACCAUUUCACUGGUUUAUUUCCAACGCUGCUCUCUUAAUAGAAAUUCACUGGAACAUAAUCUGUGCAAAGAAAUGGUAAUUAAAAAGAAAAAGAACCAAUAAAUCAAAAUCAAUGGAGAACUGAGAAUAGAGAAUUUCCAUUUAAUGGCAGUAACACCGAAAUUGCCAAAACCCUUCAACUUUGACCAAAUUCCAAGGUUGUGCCUUUCAAAAACGAACGUGUAUUUGAUGUUCCGAAACUUAGGUUUUCAUUGAUUAUCAUCUCUAGUGUCGUGGCCCAGAGGAACUUAUGCUUUGCCGAUGCCAAAUAGUGGCUGCCCAAUUACAAGUGAGUUCACUUGGUCAGCGGGUUAUCAUCGGCAAGACACAGAGGAAACAGGUCCACGAAGUAGUUGGUCCAGUCCACUUCACUUGAAAGGAGAUAAGACUCCCACCCAGAUUACUCAGCAUUUCUGUGUAAAGACAAUUGAAACUGGGGGAAGACUUUGGCCAUCAGGGCAAUAUUGUAUAUACAGAAAGGGAACGUGCCCAGGCGGUAAGGUGUAUAGUUUUUGAAAGCGACCUUAUAUGAACUUAUCUUUCGCCAUUGUGGUUCAUGAACCUUGAACCUUUUUUUUUUUUUUUUUUUUUCCGCUGGUUCUCAUUCUUUCCCUUGGUCUUUUUUUUUGUGUUAUGUGGUCCUACUGCAAGAUAACCAAAACUGUGCAUUUUGAUCCGUGGCCAUCCCAGGAAAGGGUCUGUAAGUACUUGCAUGGUUCUGAUACCAAAUAUGAUGAUGGCGACCUCAAAAGCUUCACAGAUCUAACAGCUAACGUUUUUAUAAUGAAGAUUUGAUUUGAUUCCCGGACCAAAGAAGGCAUAUGAAUACUAAGAUUAGACAAUGAAAAUAUUUACAACCGAGUAACGAGAUUCAAGGUAGUAUUUUCUUGUGUGCGACAGGAUUUCAAGAAGGAGAGAUCAAAUGGGACGACGAGGACACGAAAAACGACAACAUGGCCGAAGGCAUUUUACCUGACGGUGAAUACAAAAAGGAUACUAUUUUGCAGUUCUGCUGUCGAUCAGAUGGGUCAGCGGAAAACCCUAUCGAGCUGCCCAUUCGCGAGCCGUUUUUCCUCCUUAAGCACUCAAGCCGUUGCCAGGCAGUUUUGGGCAUGCGUGUCACAGAAGAGUGGUUAUUCUGGGACUGUGAAGACCGAGAAAACAAAAACUCAUACAAUGGAGAGGUACCAGCGUCUUUUAUUACGAAGGACGUCAAACUACAUUACUGCUACUACGAAAAACAAUGA